GUCUGUGCCUGCUUGCCUGCCUGCCUGCCUGGUGGUGGUAGAUGGAGUAACGGAGAGGAGACGAGUCCACGUACUACCAUGCCGAGAUUUGGACUAGACAAACUACAUGCAAAACCUCCAAAUAUGCGAAAUUAAUAAAAGAAGAGGUUGUUCUGUGAAGAUCACGGUACGAUAAUGGGGAAGCACUUGGUUUCACUGCUUGUGCUGCUCCUGCAGCUGCUCUGUGGCUGUGCAGGGAACCAAAGGACGGUCGGGGCAGCCUCCAUGCAAUUCACCCACUCUGUUUACAAUGCCACUAUAUACGAGAACUCUGCUGCUAAGACUUACCUAGAGAGUCACAGCAAGAUGGGGAUCUACAUCACAGACCCAACCUGGGAGAUACGGUACAAAAUCAUCUCUGGAGAUAAUGAGAACCUAUUCAAAGCAGAGGACUACCUGCUGGGAGAUUUCAGUUUUAUGCGAAUAAGGACCAAAGGAGGCAGCACUGCCAUUCUGAACCGGGAGGUUAAAGACCACUACAUGCUGACUGUUAAGGCGUCAGAGAGGACCACUAACUUUGAGUGUCGCACUAGAGUAAAGGUACAGGUACAGGACACCAAUGAUUUAAGGCCUCUCUUCUCGCCGACAUCCUAUAGCAUCUCCCUGCCUGAGAACACAGCCAUACGCACCAGUGUGGCCAAGGUCACAGCUACGGAUGCAGAUAUCGGUACGAAUGGAGAGUACUACUAUAGUUUCAGGGAGUGGACGGACAUGUUUGCAGUUCAUCCAACAAGCGGCGUGGUGACGCUGACCGGCAAGCUUGACUACUCUGAGACAAAGCUGUACGAGUUGGAGAUCCUGGCUGUCGACAGAGGGAUGAAGCUGUACGGUAGCAGUGGAUUCAGCAGUAUGGCCAAACUCACAGUGAGGGUGGAGCAGGCCAACGAGCACGCCCCUGUGAUCACUGCUGUAACCUUAGCGCCCUCAGACACAGAUCAUGACCCCACCUACGCUAUUGUGACAGUAGAGGAUAGUGACCAGGGGCCAAAUGGAGAGAUAGCAUCAUUGAGUAUUGUAGCUGGUGACCCUCUUCAGCAGUUCAAACCUGUGCGAACCAGCCCUGGGAGCAAGGAGUAUAAAAUCAAAGCUGUAAAAGAGGUAGACUGGGACAGCCAGCCUUUUGGAUACAACCUCACUUUACAGGCGAAGGACAAAGGCAGCCCCCCUCAAUUUUCAUCUGCUAAAUUGGUACAUGUCACCUCUACACAGUUCAAAGUGGGCCCUCCUGUUUUUGAAAGGGCCGUUUACAGAGUCAAUCUGAGUGAAUUUGCCCCUCUUCACACACCUGUCACUAUGGUAACAGCCAUGCCGAAGUACCCACAGCUAAAAUAUUCUUUCAGACACAGAUCUGACAAGAACAAAUUUACUAUCAAUCCAGAUACUGGCUUAAUCAGCACGACAGGACCAAUCAAUGCUGACUCUGCCUCAAGAUUUGAGCUAGAUGUGAUUACCAGUGACAAAAAAGCGGCCACAAAAGUAUUUGUUGAUGUGAUUGAUGUGAAUAAUAAUGGACCAGAGUUUGAGCAGACAUCUUACAAGGCCAGUGUUGAUGAGAAUGUGCCAAUAGGGACCAGUGUGGUUACAGUUAAAGCCACUGAUUUGGACAAAGGAGAGAAUGGCUAUGUGACAUACAGCAUUACCAAUGUGAGCCCUCAGCCAUUCGUCAUCGAUUACUUCUCUGGUGUCAUCAGUACUUCAGAGGUUAUGGAUUAUGAGCUCAUGCCAAGGAUUUACAAUCUCAAAGUCAGGGCAUCGGAUUGGGGAUCCCCUUUCCGGAGAGAGGUGGAGGCAUCGGUCACAAUAACAUUAAAUAACCUGAAUGACAAUAAGCCUCUGUUUGAAAAUGUAGACUGUGAAGUCACUGUGCCGAGAGAUCACGGCAUUGGAGAGCAGAUUACAACAGUAUCUGCCAUUGAUGCUGAUGAACUACAGCUAGUACGGUACUAUAUUAGAGCUGGAAAUGAUCUUGAUCUGUUUGAACUGAACCCAAACUCUGGCAUGCUUUCACUGAAGCACACACUGAGUGAGGGAGAGGCAGCUAAAGUGUCCCAUCAUAGUUUACAGAUCGUUGCGACGGAUGGCGAACACGAGACUCACCCUAUGAUCAUGAACAUAACUGUCAUCACGGCACGCAAGCCUGUCCAGUUGAAAUGUGUCGAAACUGGUGUUGCUACGAUGCUGGCUGAAAAGCUACUCCAGGGCAGCAAAAUCCACACUCAAACUGAGCCAGAUGACAACUUAAUGGACAUUCACUCAGUCAACCGGUACUCUCCGCAGUUCGCAGAGUCUUUCCCCAGUGUUAUUGAAGUUAAAGAGGACCUCCCUGUUGGGGCCCGGAUUGUCCAUUUAAGUGCCACAGACUCAGACAGUGGCUUCAAUGGGAAACUAGUGUACGUUAUCUCAGGGGGAGACACAGAAAGCCACUUUAUUGUAGAUAUGGAAACUGGUUGGCUUUUGGUUUAUUCUCCUCUCGACAGGGAAACAGCGGACUAUUACAACCUCAACAUAACAGUUUACGAUCUUGGAAUACCACAGAAAUCCUCAUCACGCCUCUUGGGUGUUAAGAUUUUAGAUGCAAACGAUAACAGCCCUCAAUUCUUGCAAGAUAUGUACUCUGUUGAAAUAAGCGAGAACACACCUGUUGGGACGGAAAUUAUCCAGGUGGAUUCCACUGACAAGGAUCAAGGACGUAAUGGGGUGGUGAGGUAUUCAAUUUUGGGAGGAACCAAUCAUUUUGCCAUCAAUGAGGAGACCGGUGUUGUGACUGUGACAAAGCCGUUGGAUCGUGAGCUUCAUCCGAUUUAUGUCCUUAAGAUCGCAUCGCGUGACCAGGCUGUGAACGAGCCUCAGCUAGUGUCCACAGUGCCGCUUAAAAUCACCUUGGAAGACGUGAAUGAUAAUCCACCUAAAUUUGUACCCCCAAAUUAUCGCGUGAAGGUUAGAGAAGACCUUCCUAUCGGUACUGUGAUUAUGUGGCUAGAAGCUCAUGAUCCCGAUAUUGGACCUUCAAGUCAGGUACGAUACAGCCUUAUUGAUAACGGAGAUGGGAAUUUUGAAGUGGACAAACUUAGCGGUGCUCUACGGAUUGUGCAAAACCUAGAUUAUGAGACCAAGCAGGUGUACAAUCUGACCGCUAAAGCUAAAGACAAAGGGAAGCCAAUGUCCUUGUCAUCAACCUGUUUCAUUGAGGUGGAUGUGGUGGAUGUUAAUGAGAAUCUGUACAGGCCUCUGUUCCGAUCGUUUGUCGAAAAGGGAUUUAUAAAAGAGGAUGCACUCGUUGGGACUUCCGUGAUGACCGUAACAGCCGAGGAUGAGGACACGGGUCAAGAUGGAGAGAUUCGAUACUCAAUACGGGAUGGAUCUGGCCUGGGGAUAUUUACCAUCGAUGAGGAAACUGGUGUUAUCCGGACACAAGAACUGCUCGAUCAUGAGACGACCUCUCACUACUGGCUCACCGUCUACGCCAUGGAUCGUGGCGUGGUGCCCCUCUCCGCCUUCGUCGAGGUCUACGUCGAAGUGCAGGACGUAAACGACAACGCACCACAAACCUCCGAACCGGUCUACUACCCUUCUGUGAUGGAGAACUCCCCCAAAGAUGUGUCCAUCAUCCAGAUCAACGCAGUCGAUCCAGAUGCCAAAGCCAGCGAUAAACUCACCUACAGGAUCACCAGUGGCAACCCCCAGGGCUUCUUCGCCGUCAACGCAAAGACAGGUUUGGUUACAACAACUUCUCGUAAGCUGGACAGAGAACAACAAGAUGAGCAUAUUCUUGAGAUCACAGUCACAGACCACGGCGUUCCAGCCAGAUCCACCACUGUCCGCGUCAUCGUCCGGGUCCUUGACGAGAACGACAACAGACCAUUGUUCCUGGAGAAGAUCUACAAGAUCAAGCUCCCUGAGCGCGAGAGGCCGGAGAAAGAGAGAGCUACAAAGAGAGACCCGGUGUAUCGCGUCAUCGCCUCGGAUCGAGAUGACGGACCCAACGCAGAGAUCUCCUACAGCAUCGAGGAGGGAGAUGAAAACGGGAAGUUUUUCAUCGAGCCCAAAACCGGCCUGGUGUCGUCUAAGAAGUUCUCCUCUGCUGGAGAAUACGACAUUCUUACGAUUAAAGCCGUUGACAAUGGGCGUCCUCAGAAGUCCUCCACUUGUCGCCUCCAUAUUGAGUGGAUUACCAAACCGAAAUUGCCGGCCGAUGCGGCUCCCCUGCUUUUCGAGGAGUCCCCCUUCACCUUUUCAGUCAUGGAAAGUGACCCUGUGGCUCACAUGGUGGGCGUGGUUGCCACCGAAUCCUCUGAUGUUCCUGUGUGGUUCGAAAUCACAGGUGGUAAUUAUGACAGCCGCUUUGACAUUGGCAAGGCUAGUGGAACCUUGAUUGUUGCACGGCCCCUGGACACAGAGCAGAAAUCAAAUUACAACCUGACGGUGGAAGCCACAGAUGGGACACGAACUGUCAGCACCCAGGUGCUUAUCCGGGUCAUUGACACCAACAACCACCGGCCACAGUUCUCUCAGAGUUAUUAUGAGGUGAAUGUCUCUGAAGACGAUCCGGCGGGGACUGAAGUCCUUCAAAUCAGCGCUGUGGACAGAGAUGAGAAGAACAAACUGACCUUUACACUCCUCAGCAGCACAGAUCCCUUCAGUUUGAGAAAGUUCCGACUUGACCCGGGAACAGGCACUUUGUUCACCACUGAGCCACUGGAUCACGAGACUAUGCAUCGCCACGUCCUCACAGUCAUGGUUCGAGAUCAGGACAUUCCAGUAAAGAGAAACCUUGUGCGUGUCAUUGUCAAUGUGGGUGACACAAAUGACAAUGCACCCUGGUUUAUAGGCACGCCGUACUCCAGCCGAGUGUUCGAAUCUGCAGCUGUAGGCUCGGCUGUACUGCAGGUCACAGCUCUGGACAAAGACAAGGGCCCUAAUGCAGAGAUUGUCUACAGCAUUGAAUCAGGAAAUUUUGCAAACUCAUUCGCCAUUGACCCUGUUCUAGGAACCAUUACAGUAGCCAAAGAGCUUGAUCGCGGCAGCAAAACCCAAUUCGAACUCACCAUUAAGGCAUCCGACAAUGGAAUAUCUCCACUAUCAACCACAGCCACUGCUCACAUUGUGGUAACAGUUUCUGACAAUGCAGCCCCCAGAUUCACAGAAAAAGAGUUUUCUGCAGAAGUCAGUGAAUCAGCACAUCCUGGAAGUUUUGUGAGCUUGGUGACAGCUGUCAGUCAGUCUUCUAUAUUCUAUCAAAUAAAAGGUGGCAACACAAACAAUGCAUUUGACAUAAACCCAAACUCUGGAGUUGUCGUGACCCAAAAAGCUUUAGAUUAUGAGACCAUCCCUCAAUAUGUGCUGAUCAUACAGGGAACAAACAUGGCAGGAUUUGCCCGCAACACUACUCUUCUUAUUCAUCUAAAGGAUGAAAAUGACAAUGCUCCUGUCUUUAUCCAGAGGGAAUUCAAAGGUGUAAUCAGCGAGUCAGCCCCAGUCAACAGCAUUGUCCUGACCCAAGCAAACACUCCUUUUGUUAUCCGUGCAUCUGAUGCUGAUUGUGACAAAAAUGCCAUGCUCAUCUAUCAAAUUGUGGAACCUUUUGCACAUAACUAUUUUGCCAUUGACUCAAGUACUGGAGCAAUCAGAACCACAGCAGCUUUGGAUUAUGAACAAAGGAAUGUUUUCCACUUCACAGUCCAGGUCCACGAUCAAGGAACGCCACGCCUGUUUGCAGAAUUAGCGGCUAACGUGACUAUUGAAGUCAUUGAUGUUAAUGACUGCCCUCCAGUUUUUAGCCAAAAACUAUACGAGACAACAGUCAUUGUUCCAACAUUCAAAGGGGUGGAGGUCAUUCAAGUCAAUGCUACAGACUCAGACUCUGGGCCUAACUCCAAACUACUCUUCUCCAUCUCUGAGGGCAAUAUUGGUGAUAAAUUUAAAAUGGAUCCAAUCACAGGCAUUAUCUCUAUUCAGAAUGUCACACAGCUUAGGAGCAGAUACGAAUUGAAUGUUCGAGUUUCUGAUGGUAGAUUUGCAACUGUUGCUCCAGUAAAGAUAAAUGUAAAGGAAAACAAAGAAAGUAAGUUGAAAUUCACCAGAGAGUCCUACAAAGCCUACAUCCAAGAGAACUCUUCGGAGAAGAAAAGACUUGCAGUCAUUGCUGCUGUUGGAAAUCAGGUGAACGAGCCUUUGUUUUACAAAAUCCUGAACCCUGACAGCAGGUUCGAAAUCAGCCGCACAUCUGGUGUGAUCUCGACCACUGGAAUUCCGUUUGAUCGUGAGGCACAGGACACAUUUGAUAUAGUUGUUGAGGUCACCAGAGAGGACAAAUCUGAAGAUGGGGCCCACGUUCUAGUAACUGUGAUGGUGGAAGAUGAGAACGACAACAAGCCUAUGUUUGUGAACCUUCCCUAUCAUGCCCUUGUCCAGAUAGAUGCAGAGGUAGGCCAGGUCAUUCGACAAGUCACAACAGUGGACAAAGACAUGGGCCCAAAUGCAGAUAUCAAUUACAGCCUGAAGGAACACCAGGAGCACUUUCAAAUAAGCCCCUCUGGUGAAAUCUCAGUCAAAAAGAAAUUUGAGGCUGAGUCGCUCAACACAGACUUUGUCAUCGUUGUUAUGGCAAAGGAUAAUGGAGAGCCAGCACUCUCAGCAGAAGUAGAAGUGCCAAUAACAGUGGUGAACAAAGCAAUGCCUGUGUUUGAAAAGCCUUUUUACAGCAUUGAAAUUCCUGAAAAUAUCCAGUUACACACACCAGUGCUCCAUGUUCAGGCAAAUGAUUCUGAAGGACCUCGUAUUGUGUACACCAUCUCUGAGGGUGAUCCUUUCAAACAGUUCUCAAUAGAUUUUAACACAGGUGUCAUACAUGUGAUUCAGCCUCUGGACUUUGAGACACAUCCUGCUUAUAAGUUAAAUGUAAGAGCCACAGAUUCCCUGACAGGAGCACACUCUGAAGUGUUUGUUGAUAUCAUUCUGGAAGAUGUAAAUGACAACACCCCUGUGUUUCUGUCCAGUGCCUACUAUGCCAAUAUUUCAGAGGCCUCUGUCAUUGGUACCUCCAUUUUGCAAGUUGAUGCCAAAGAUUCUGACACUGGUAAUAAUCAAGAACUGUUCUUUCAGUUGGUCGAGGAAAAGGGGAAGAGUUCAGAUUAUUUUAGCAUUGAUCGUGACACUGGAAUGAUCUCAACAGCUCAAGUUCUUGACCAUGAGGAAAUCCAGCAGCAUAAGCUAAGAGUUCGAGUUGUAGAUGGAGGAGUCCCAGCCCUCUCUAGUGAUGUCAUUGUUACAAUUGACGUCACUGACUUGAAUGACAAUCCUCCAAUGUUUACGGAGCAAACGUACAAAACUACGAUCAGUGAGCUGGCCCCACGUGGACACUUCAUCACCCAAGUCCAGGCAUCAGAUGCUGACAGCUCAGAUUCAGAAAACUUGGAGUUCUCCAUUAUAUCCAGCAAUGAAGAUCAGAACUUUUCCAUCGACAAAAAAACAGGCGCCAUUGUCAUUUCCAACCACCGUAGACCACAUAUGCAGCCUCUUUACAACCUCAAAGUGUCAGUAUCAGACGGUGUGUUCAGAAGCUCAGCUGUUGUCAUGGUUACAGUUAUUGGUGCCAACUUCCACAACCCCACCUUUUCUCAGGGGGAAUAUGUAGUAGAGCUUCUUGAGAACUCAUAUGUUGGAACAUUGGUGGCAGAAACAAAGGCGACAGAUGAGGAUGAAGGCAUUUAUGGGCAAAUCACUUACCAAAUUGUCAAUGAAUUUGCAAAGGACAUCUUCUCUGUCAAUGAAAAUGGACAGAUCUUCACUCUAGAGACCCUGGAUCGUGAGAAUACAGUUGAAAAGGUGAUUCCAAUUUCGCUCAUCGCUAAAGACGGUGGUGGAAAAGUAGGCUUUUGUACCGUCAAUGUAAUUCUCACAGAUGUCAAUGACAAUGCCCCACAAUUCAGAGCAGCUGAGUACAAAGCCACUAUUUCAUCAGAUGUCCCAAGAGGAACCUCCGUGGUUAAAAUUGCUGCUUCAGACAUGGAUGAGGGAAGCAAUGCUGAUGUUGAGUAUUCAAUCGAAGCAGAUGUUGAAAAUGUGGAGGAAAACUUUGAAAUCCAUCCAACCUCUGGAGUCAUUGUUACCAAAGAGAGUCUCAUUGGACUUGAAGAUGCGCUCUAUGCAUUCUUUGUAAGGGCAAAGGAUACUGGGAAUCCACCCAAAUAUUCUGUUGUACAGGUUUACAUCAGGAUUGUCGCACCUGAGACACCAAUCCCCAAAUUCACUGAACCUCAUUACCGCUACACAAUCGCUGAAGACCUUCCCAUUGGCACAGAGAUUGAUGUAAUUCAGGCCCAGAGUGAGCAACCAGUUGUUUACAGUCUUGUCAGGGGCAACACUCCUGAGAGCAAUGAGGAUGACGUGUUUGUUGUGGACAGAGACAGUGGAGCCUUGAAGCUUCAGAAAAGCCUUGACCAUGAGACAACCAAGUGGUACCAACUUACUUUGCUUUGCGAAACAAAACACAAGAACUAUGAGUUAGCUUUAUCAGUCAAUGUGAACAUCCAGGUCAAAGAUCUAAAUGACAAUAAACCUGCUUUUGAGUCAGACCCUUACGAGGCUGUCAUUGUGGAAAACCUUCCAAGCGGGACUCAAGUGAUUCAAGUCAAAGCCAACGACCAAGACUCUGGAACAAACGGCCAUGUUGUGUACAGUCUGGACCCCAAGCUGAACUCGCAGGAGAUCUCUGAGCUGUUUGCUGUUAAUAGUGAAACUGGAUGGGUCACCUCCUUAAAAGAGCUAGAUCGUGAAAAGAUGAGCAAAUACAGAGUUGCAGUUCUUGCCACGGACCAAGGCGACAAAGUCCAACACAGCACUGGCACCACGGUAGAGGUAACAGUCGCCGAUGUGAACGACAACCCGCCGCGCUUCACUGCAGAGAUCUACAAAGGCACAGUCAGUGAAGAUGAUCCACCUCCCAGCGGGGUGAUCGCUAUCCUCAGCACCACAGAUGAAGAUUCUGAAGACAUCAACAAACAAGUGAACUAUUUCAUCACAGGAGGGGAUCCACUUGGACAGUUUGCAAUUGAACACAUUCAGAAUGAAUGGAAGGUCUCUGUCAGAAAGCCCUUGGACCGUGAAGAGAAGGACAAUUAUCUACUUAACAUUACUGCCAGUGAUGGCAUCUUCACUGCCAAGGCCGUUGUGGAGGUCAAGGUACUGGACGCGAAUGACAACAGCCCUGUAUGCGAAAAGUCCUUAUACAGCGAGAGCGUCCCAGAGGACUCCCCUGCCGGCAGGCUCAUCUUACAGGUCUCUGCCACAGAUGCUGACAUCCGCUCAAACGCCCAGAUCUCUUAUGAGCUUCAGGGAAUUGGAUCUGAACUGUUCAUUAUUGACACUGAUACAGGGGAGUUGAAGACCUCACAGCCUCUGGACCGAGAGGUGCAAAGCGAGCACGUGUUCAAAGUGCGAGCUGUGGAUGGAGGAGGACGGUACUGUGAGGCCGACAUCCACAUCACAGUGGAAGACGUCAAUGACAACCCUCCGCAGUUCUCAUCUGAUCCUUACACCAUCACAGUCUUCGAGAACACAGAGAUGGGCACAUAUGUGGCUAAACUGCUGGCAAAUGAUAUCGAUACUGGUGUCAACGGCAACAUCGUCUACUCUUUGGUUGAUUCUGCUGAGGGAUUUUUUGCCAUCGACGAGAACACCGGUGUAAUGAGUCUGGAGCGUGCCCUGGACCGCGAGGUGCAGUCGACAUACGACCUAAAGGCUCGGGCCAGUGACCAGGGCUCGCCACGCCUCUCCACGCUGUGCCAGGUGGUGAUCUCCGUCCUGGACAUCAACGACAACCCUCCGGUGUUUGAGCAUCGUGAAUACACGGCUACAGUGUCCGAGGACGUGGCAGUGGGCGCACAGCUGCUCAGAGUGCAGGCGGCCAGCAGAGAUACAGAGGCCAACGGAGAGAUCAGUUACGGCAUCAUCAGUGGGAACGAGCACGGCAUGUUCAGUGUGGACCCACGUACAGGUGACAUCUUUGUGAUUGAGCCGUUGGACUACGAGGCUUCCCAUGAAUACUACAUCACCAUCGAGGCUACAGAUGGUGGCUCACCGCCGCUCAGCGACAUGGCCACUGUGAACAUCAACCUGACUGAUGUCAAUGACAACCGACCUGCUUUCAGCCAGGAGGUGUACACAGCCGUCGUCGGCGAGGACGCAGAGCUGGGGAAGAUUGUGAUGGCGGUGAUGGCUGAGGAUUUAGAUGGACCCUCCUACAAUCACGUGCGCUACUCCAUCGUGGAUGGCAACCAGGGGAGCCCGUUCACCAUCGAUCCGGUCAGAGGCGAGCUUAAAGUCGCUCGCCAGCUGGACAGAGAGCGAACUUCUGGCUUCACCCUGAUGGUGGUCGCCUCAGACAAUGGGGUGCCCUCUCUUUCCAGUAGCGCCAAGAUCAACAUCGACAUCUCAGACGUCAACGACAACCCGCCGCUUUUCUCCCAGGCCAACUACAGCCUCAUCAUCCAGGAGAAUCGACCGAAAGGCACGAGUGUUCUCCAGCUAACUGUGACUGAUAGGGACGCUUCCCACAACGGCCCACCUUUCACCUUCGCCAUCGUGGACGGGAACGAGGGCGAUACUUUCCACAUCAAUCAGCAGGGAGCUCUAGUGGCCGUGGGGGCGCUGAAUAGGAAAAGUAAAGAACAGUACCUACUUCAAGCACAGGUGUCCGACAGUGGCAAACCUCAGCUCUUUUCCAUCGCCUUCAUCAGCAUUCAAAUUAUCGAGGAGAGCGUCUACCCUCCUGCCAUCCUCCCUCUGGACAUCUUCGUCACCACAGCUGGGGACGAAUACCCGGGAGGCGUCCUGGGAAAGAUCCACGCCACCGACCAAGACAUCUACGACACCCUCACCUACAGCCUCGCCCCCUCUUCUUCUCAAUCUGUGGAUGAGAGUGGCGCCUUGUUUUCAAUCUCCUCCUCCGAUGGUAAAGUCAUCGCCCUCCGCCCGCUCGACGUAGGACACUACCCCCUCAACGUGACGGUGACAGACGGACGCUUCACCACGGCUGCUGACGUCAACGUGCACGUUAGACAGGCAGCCAGUCAGGCGCUGGAUAACUCCAUCGCAGUGCGCUUUGCAAAUAUCGCCCCCGAGGAGUUUAUCGGGGACCACUGGCGCAACUUCCAGCGAGCCCUGAGGAACAUCGCUGGAGUCAGGAGGAGUGAGGUCCAGUUAGUGAGUCUGCAGCCUUCAGAGCAAGGAGAUCUGGAUGUGCUGCUGACUCUGGAGAGAUCUGGCAGCCCAUACCAGUCUCAGGAGGUCGUCUUCCGCAAGCUGAACUCCUCUGCCGCUGUGAUCGAGGAGAUGACGGGGAUACGCAUCAUGCGCGUGGUGCAGAAACUGUGUGCAGGUCUGAACUGCCCAUUAGUUUUCUGCGACGAGGUCAUCACCCUGGACAAGAUGGCCAUGUCCACUCACAGCACAGCUCGCCUCAGCUUUGUCACACCUCGACACCUGAGGACUGCAACCUGCCAGUGUGAAGGUGGGAGAUGUCCUCUAUUGAACAACCUGUGUGAGAGUAGCCCCUGUCCUGAUGGUAUGGAGUGUGUAGCAGAUCCAAAAGAUCCUGUGUACAGUUGUGUAUGUCCAGAGGUCAAGAAAGGCAAAUGCUCUGACGGCCAAUCCCUGACAUUCAGUGGCAGCGGCUAUGUGAAAUAUCAGCUGAUGGAGAACGACAACAAGGAGCUGAUGAAGCUUUCUCUGAGGCUCAGGACCUUCUCCAGCCAUGCCACUCUCAUGUAUGCUAAAGGAACCGACUACAGCAUCCUCGAGAUCGUCAAUGGACGUCUUCAGUACAAGUUCGACUGCGGCAGCGGCCCCGGCCUCGUGUCCGUCCACAGUGCUCAGGUAAACGACGGCGAGUGGCACACCGUCUCUCUGGAGGUGGACGGUAACUACGCUAAGCUGGUGCUGGACCGGCUGCACGCCGCAUCAGGCACAGCGCCUGGCACCCUGCGAACCCUCAACCUAGAUAACAGCAUUUACUUUGGCGGUCACGUACGGCAGCACGUCCCAGCUCGCCAUGGACGCAGCCUUCCUGUCACCAACGGGCUGCACGGCUGCUUGGAGGCCAUCACGCUCAAUGGUCAGGUGCUGCCUCUUAACACCAAAGCUCAGCGGGCCCACGCCGUGCUGGAGGACAUUGUGGACGUGGCUCCGGGCUGCGCACUCGCACCUGCUGAGAGUUGUUCCAGCAACCCGUGCAACAACGGGGGAGUCUGCACCUCGCUGCCUAAUGGAGGCUACUUCUGCAAGUGUCCCGCCUCUUUCAUGGGAACCCACUGUGAGGUGGGACUCAGCCCCUGUGCCUCCAACCCCUGCCUGUACGGAGGCACUUGUGUUCCUCGCGCAGGCGACUUCUACUGCCAGUGCAGAGGACAGUACUCAGGACAAAGGUGCCAGUUGGGUCCGUACUGCAGAGACAACCCGUGUAAAAACAGUGGAAAGUGUAUAGACAGUCUGGAUGGUCCAGUGUGUGAGUGUGAGACAGGCUUCCAGGGAGACAGGUGCCUGAGUGAUGUAGACGAGUGCAUGAAGAACCCCUGUUCAAACGGAGGCCUCUGCUACAACACAUACGGCUCCUACAGGUGUAACUGCUCUCUGGGCUUCAGCGGGCAGAUGUGUGAGCUCCGCAGCGAGGUCCGCAACGAGUUCGUCUCCACCUCCUGGAACAUCGGCCUGGAGGAGGUGAUCGGCAUCGUGGUCUUCGUGUCCAGCAUCUUUAUCCUGGUCCUCCUUUUCAUCAUCAUCCGCAAGAGGGCUUGUCGCAGCAAGUCGAGCAGGGACGACGACAAACACGGCGGGGGUUCAAACGUGCCUCACUCAUUCCUGCAGAGGCCGUUCUAUGAUGCCAAACUCAGCAAGAACAUCUACUCGGACAUCCCGCCUCAGGUCCCCGUCAGGCCCAUCUCCUAUACUCCCAGCAUUCCUAGCGACUCGAGGAACAACCUAGACAGGAAUUCAUUCGAGGGCUCGGCUAUCCCUGAGCAUCCAGAGUUCAGCACCUUCAACCCAGACUCCAUGCACGGACACCGCAAGACCGUGGCCGUGUGUAGCGUAGCACCCAACCUCCCUCCUCCCCCACCCUCCAACUCAGUUUCAGAUAGUGACUCCAUCCAGAAGCCAAACUGGGACUAUGACUAUGACACCAAAGUGGUGGACUUGGACUCGUGCCUGACCAAGAAGCCUGUGGAGGACAGCGCGUGUCACCCCUACAACACCCGCGGCAGCAUGUCUGAGGUUCACUCCCUCAGCUCCUUCCAGUCAGAGUCCUGCGAUGAUAAUGCCUCCAUAGUGACAGUAAUCCACCUUGUCAACCAUGCUGUUGACACGGUGGAAGGAGAAGAGUCUUUUUUGGCUCAUGAUCUCAAGAACCCAAGAGGAUAUCACUGGGACACAUCUGAUUGGAUGCCAAGUGUUCAACUUCCUGGAAUCCAGGAGUUUCCUCAGUAUGAGGUUGUGGAGUCGCCAGCCCCUCUGUACAGCGACCCGAGUGCCAUUGACACCGACUACUAUCCCGGUGGCUUCGACAUCGAGAGUGACUUCCCGCCGCCACCGGAGGACUUCCAUGCAAAUGACGACCUGCCGCCUCCGCCUCUGCCAGAGUACGCUGACCGCUGUGACACACUGCGGCCUCUGGGGAGAGAUCUGGACCCGUCUACAACCAGUCCAGGGGGUUCUCCUGGGGUCCGCACGCGCCCUGCCCUGCCACAGCUCUACAGCCUUAACCAGUACCUGCCGCAGCACUCCUACGCGAGUGACUCGGGCGACAACGAGGGUCAGGGCGCCACUUCCACCUCAAACACCACCACCCCCGCUUCCACAUUGUGCACCAGCGGCUACAGAGGGGGCUAUCCGUUAGGUUGUAGUCGGGACUUUGAUUCGUCAGCUCUGGACAACAUGUCCAUGUCUCUGUACACGUCCACAGCCUCCUGCUCGGACAUGUCAGCGUGCUGCGAGGAGUCCGAGGUGAUGAUAAGCGACUACGAGAGCGGCGAUGAGGGUCACUUUGAGCGGCUUGUCAUCCCGGGGCUGGACUCCCAACAGCACACUGAAGUCUGACACUGGAUCCAAACAAAAGUGCCUGAACCCACAGCUACACCUUAUGUUCGACCGCCACAUGCCACCCACACCGUAUAUGUACACAGUAAACACACACAAACACACACAAACACACACACAGGAUAGAUGGAGUCAAACACAGGGGUUGUUGAGACUGGUUUUAAAGGCCAAUCGGCUGAGGAGAUCUCAUGAAGCUAUAGGAGAAACUCUGUAGCAUCUUAACGUCUGCUCAGUCCAACUCCUGUCUCUUUAAGUGGGCGGUGCCAUCGCUUUAAUUAUCUGUCAUCAUUCACAGGAAGUGGAUUUGUCUGAAGAUCAUCGUUUCAAUGUACAACAGAAAAAGCAUCAAGAGAAUAAAAAAAAUGAUAUUUACAACAAUAUCUUUGUUUCUAUAAAUAGAACCAAGCAAAGUUUUUUUAUGCAGGUCCUCAUUUUCAAUGUAAAUUUAAAUGUACAGUUUUGAUUUCAAAGUUUACUAGGUUUUGUAGAUAUUCUAUGCUUUUAUUUUCAACAACAAAAAAAAAUAAUUAAAUGGUGUGACAUUAUCAGCCUUACUGUGCUUACAUUCACAAAAAAAAAAAAGAAAUUGAAAAAAAAAAGAGAAAAAGAAGAAGAAAAGAGCGUGGCUUUUCCGAAACACACAAUGUACUCGUAAAGUUUAUCGUCUCCUGCUCAUUUCAAAAAGGGUCUUCAAUGAACGACUGCAUAUUCUUGUGUUGUUUUUUUAUGUGUUUGUUUGUAAAUUUUGACUUUGGAACCUCUUUAUUUUUCCACCAAGAAAAUGGGACCCAAUAUAUUUAUAGAGCAGAGUUAUCCAUGGACACAUGACUUUUUCAGGUGUCUGUGUGUGUGUGAGCAAUGCUAUGGUCUUGUUUAAGGUUUUUAUUGAAUACUGCCACGAGCUCACGCUUUCCUACUGGCAAUAAAUUAUUCCUAAAAAAUA